AUGUGUGACCAUUUCGAUUGGGAUAACAAUGGUAAAAAACUAACGAUUUCACUUCGUAAUUGUUCACAUGAAACAUGUGUAGCACUCACUCAACCAACUUAUUGGCAAGAAUUAACGAAAGAUACAUCGAUUUCAAUAUCAACAAAUGGAAAGUUUGUUCCCAAAGAAUUGGAAGAAAUAAUUGAUUAUGAUAAUCCUUCAAGACUUCAACUUAUUAUUCAGACAGAACAUGAAAAAGACAAACAAAGAUUAGAAGACAUUUCUUGGAUAAUUUAUCAUCGAUUUUUUGCUUAUCCACGUGAGGAACCUAAACAAUGGGAAGAGGAUAAACGAGAUGAGCAAGAUGAAAAACAAUCGAUAACAAACAAUACGAAACGAUCAAAAGCUGAUUCGAAUCAGAAUACCAAAGAUGAAAUAACUCCUGAAGAAAAAAUUUGUCAAACUGGCCAUUCUGAUUUACAUAUUAGUUAG